AGGCCACACGAUUCACAGGGGGCAGGUUUGGCUUCUCAGGCUGGUCCUGUGCUGGAAAUGGGGCAGAACCAGGGAGGCUUCGGUCACUGGCCAGCACUGGCCUUCCGGCCAUUGAUGUGGUUGGCUCCCGGGGAUUUGUGUGGGCCGGAGGUCUCCUGUCCAGGGGACCGGACACUGCCCCCGGUCUCUUGGGCGGAUGAUGAAAGACGCCCUCUCGGUUGGAAGGCGGGGGCGGGACACAGGAAGGAGGGUUGAGAGGUGACCCAGUGAUUCAGCCACAGCUCGGCCCUGGGUGACUCCACCGUCCGACCUGGCUGGUCCCUCUUCUCCGCAGUCGAGCAGGUGGACGGAGACAAAAGGCCGCCGCCCGAUGGCGCUCGCCGGGUGCCUGCUGCUGCCGCUGCUGCUGCUCUGGGCGCGGCCAGGGUCCUCGGUGACGGUAGAGCCUGACCACCUGGUUCUGUCCCAUAAGGGGAUCGGGGACACCUGUGAAGAAAACGUGGAAUGCCAGACCGAUUGCUGUGUCACCAACAGCCUGAACCCCCAGAAGUUCUGCACGUCCCAGACCAUCUUCCUGCAGUGCCUGUCCUGGCGGAAGCCCAACGGCUACUCGUGCACCGACAAGAAGGAGUGUAAGAGCAACUGCUGCGUCACCAACAACUACAACCCCUCCAAGUUCUGCACACCCCGCACCAUCUUCUCCCAGUGCGUGCAGUGGCUCAAGCCCAACCACGACCACUGCAUGCACCACAAGGAGUGCCGCAGCCUGUGCUGCAUCCGCCUGACCGAGGCCAGCUCCCCGCGCUGCGUGCCUCGCAACGGGCUCCUGGCGCACUGCCUGCCCCCGUGACGCGCACAGGAUCUGUGUGUGGUGGCCCGGACUCGCCGACUGCCCCUCAGCAGGAGCCCCCCGGCCACGUGACCGCCUUCUGGGGCCUGCAGCUCAGUGACUCCACCAAUAAACCACUGACGCAGCCCAA